GGGCCCCCGUCCAUCACGUGCGGCCGCGGGGUCUCCCCGCCACACCGCUCGCCCCGCGGCCCCCAGGGGGCGGAGCCCGGGCGCCGCCGCGCCUGCGCAGUGCGCCUUCCCGGGAACAGCCGCCGCCGCCGGUGCCGCCGCGACCUCCGCGUUCGGGAGUGGAAUUCGGAAUCCCUGCGCCUGGCUAACAAUGAAGCAGAGUUCCAACGUGCCGGCUUUCCUCAGCAAGCUGUGGACGCUGGUGGAGGAGACCCACACCAACGAGUUCAUCACCUGGAGCCAGAAUGGGCAAAGUUUUCUGGUCUUGGAUGAGCAAAGAUUUGCAAAAGAAAUUCUUCCUAAGUAUUUCAAACACAAUAACAUGGCCAGCUUUGUGCGGCAGCUAAACAUGUAUGGCUUCCGCAAAGUAGUGCAUAUUGACUCUGGGAUUAUAAAACAGGAAAGAGAUGGCCCUGUUGAAUUUCAGCAUCCUUACUUCAAACAAGGCCAAGAUGACCUGUUGGAGAACAUUAAAAGAAAGGUUUCAUCUUCAAAACCAGAGGAAAGUAAAAUUCGUCAAGAAGAUUUAACAAAAAUUAUAAGUAGUGCUCAGAAGGUUCAAAUAAAACAAGAAACUAUUGAGUCCAGGCUAUCAGAAUUAAAAAGUGAGAAUGAAUCCCUUUGGAAGGAGGUGUCAGAAUUAAGAGCAAAGCAUGCACAGCAGCAGCAAGUUAUUAGAAAGAUUGUCCAGUUUAUUGUUACAUUGGUUCAAAAUAAUCAACUUGUGAGUUUAAAACGUAAAAGGCCUCUACUUCUAAACACUAAUGGAGCCCCAAAGAAGAAUCUAUUUCAGCACAUAGUCAAAGAACCAACUGAUAAUCACCAUCAUAAAGUUCCACAUAGUAGGACUGAAGGUUUAAAGUCAAGAGAGCGGAUUUCAGAUGACAUAAUAAUUUAUGAUGUUACUGAUGAUAAUGUGGAUGAAGAAAAUGUUUCCGUUAUUCCAGAAACUAAUGAGGAUGUUAUAUCUGAUCCCUCCAACCAGUAUCCUGAUAUUGUAAUUGUUGAAGAUGACAAUGAAGAGGAGUACGUGCCUGUCAUUCAGAGUACAGAGCAGAGUGAGCCAACCAGAGAAUCCGUGAGUGUGGGAAGUGCUGGCGGCAGCAGCCCGCUCAUGUCUAGUGCUGUGCAGCUGAAUGGCUCGUCCAGUCUUACCUCAGAAGAUCCUGUGACCAUGAUGGAUUCCAUUUUGAAUGAUAACAUUAACCUUUUGGGAAAGGUUGAGCUGUUGGACUACCUUGACAGUAUUGAUUGCAGUUUAGAGGACUUCCAAGCGAUGCUCUCAGGAAGACAGUUUAGCAUAGACCCAGAUCUUCUUGUUGAUCUUUUCACUAGUUCUGUGCAGAUGAAUCCCACAGAUUACAUCAAUAAUACAAAAUCUGAAAAUAAGGGAUUAGAAACCACCAAGAGCAAUGUUGUUCAACAAGUUUCAGAAGAGGGAAGGAAAUCUAAGUCCAAACCAGAUAAACAACUUAUCCAGUAUACUGCCUUUCCACUUCUUGCAUUCCUUGAUGGGAACCCUGCUGCUUCUGCUCUUGAGCAGGGGAGUACAACAGCAGCAGCAGAAGUUACACCCUCUGCAGAUAAACCCAUAGAAGUUGAUGAGCUUCUAGAUAGCAGCCUGGACCCAGAACCAACCCAGAGUAAACUUGUUCGCCUGGAGCCACUGACUGAGGCCGAAGCUAGUGAAGCCACACUCUUUUAUUUAUGUGAACUGGCUCCCGCGCCUCUGGAUACUGAGAUGCCACUUCUAGAUAGUUAGACCCCAAGUGGACACUGUGUAUAUAUUCAUCAAAGUGAUGAAGUAUUUAUUUUAAAGUAUCAUUUGGUACUCUGGUUUUGUAAAUUACCUUUUGUUUAAUCAGAUACUGUGGAAUAAAAGCACCUUUUGCUUUUCUCACUAACCACACUCUUGCAAAGCUUUCAGAUGUUACUCCGCUGCCUAGGUAUAUAAAUUUUAAUGCACAUUAUUGGCAUAUCUUAAGUUGAAUUCAAAUGGCCAUUUUCUCCAGUUGUAAUUUGGAUUUUUUUUUUUUUACACAAAUAUGACCAUUAAUCCCAGUUAAAUGUGUUUAUUUUCAAUUGAGUUUAAUGUCUAGAACUGAAGUAGAAAACUCUGGUCCAGUUACUUUUAUUAGAGAUUUUUCACUUGGCUUAUUUUUAAAACUGGGAACAAAAAGUGCCUGUAUCUUGUAAUAUUUCAUGUCUCUCUCUGUUCAGAGAAAUUCUUUUAUGUUCAUGAAAUAUAUUCAUGCUAACAGACAAGGCAAAGUGUGCAAGAGUUAUCAGCCACUCUGGAGUGCUUCUAGCUCUGCAGACACAGAAUGUGGAGGUGGCUGCAGUCAGCCCGGCCCGCGUAGACUAGUGAAGUACGUUUUCUGGUUUGUGUUCUUUUGACCAUGUUAUUUAGUAAAAUAAAUAUGACAGAUGUCGAGUACUAGUAUUUGUUGAGUCGUCUUUGGCAGUGAUGCCCACAUGAAAUGAUUUUCCUUCUCAUAGGAAGGAGGCUUUAAACUGUAUGUGUUGUCCAUUUUAUCACACUGUGAGUCACAUCAAAAUCUUUGUGCUUUACCUGAAAAGGUUGAGGCUUACUGUACAUUGCAGUAAGGCAGGAAUAUGAUGCUUCUGAUCUUUAUGUGCUUUAAUGUUCUUUGUUUAAAAAGUAUACUGGCUUGCUUUCUAUGUUUCUAAUAAAGAGCUGAGAGAAAAA